CUGGAAACGCCUUCUUAACGCCCUGCGACAGUAUUUUUGUUGCUUCGCAAGAAGCGGAUGUUGCUGAUGAGGCUGAACUCCGCGUUUGGCAUGCAGUUUCCAACCUAGGUCGCAGGGGCUGGGGAAACGGGUGGGUCCUGUUUCCCCCCAUUGUGCUCACCCAGAGGCUGGCUGGUUGACGGUUUAUAGAUUCCUGAAGGUUGGAGCCUCUGGUGCUUCCCCUUUCAAGGGGAAGGGAAACGGGCAAUUUGUCGCAUCUCAGGAAAGAAGGCUGUCCUGAGCAGCAAUAUGCAUUGUCUGCAGCAUCUGCAGAAGUGAAAGCUGAAUUUAUAUAUCAAGAGGUCUCAGCUGAUCUCAGAAAGUUUCAACAAGCCCUAUGGGUUGGUUAACAAAGUAUAGAUCUUUUUUUUGUAAAACUAUGUGAAGUUGUUGAAGAGUCUGCUUUUAAUUACUUUUUAAAAGACAACUUUGGUUCCCUUCAUCCUGCGUUUGAUUUCAGAUUGGGAGUUGGAUGUGUGCUGUUUUAACUGCAAACUUCCUGUUUCCAUAGAAACAAAAACUGGUCACCAAAGAGAGCUCAGUGGUCUGUUUGGAUUCCUCACUGGACCUUUUCAGAAGUUCUGAUUUUAUAGGUGGAAGAAGGUUUGGAGAGUUUUUACCCAUUGGGAAUUUCGAUUGAGCAUAGAUGGAAAAUGGAUAGAAAAAGAUCAGAAUGUGAGGGAACAGCAGUACGCCCUUUCCUUCCAAGGGAGACCAGUCUGAACAUUUGGGAAACAUGCAAGCAGAAGAUCCCAGAUGAAGAAAAAAUCAGCGCUGACAUCCAGCGACAAAUGUUUAGGGAGUUCUGCUACCAGGAGACUAAGGGCCCCCGAGAAAUAUGCAGCCAUCUUCAUUAUCUUUGCUCCCAGUGGCUGCAGCCAGAGAGGAAUUCAAAGUCACGGAUACUGGACAUGGUGAUCCUGGAGCAAUUCCUGGCCAUUCUGCCCCCAGAGAUCAAGGACUGGGUCAAGGAAUGUGGAGUGGAGACUAGUUCUCAGGCAGUGGCUCUGGCAGAAAGCUUUCUUCUGAACCAAGUGGAGGAGAAGAAGCAGGAAGAGAUGAAGUUGAAAGUGAAGACGUCCUGUCUUAAUUUGGUCACUGAAUGCUCUGAAGCAAGAGGGAAUCUGUUCAAACCUUCUAGGGAUCGAUUUUUAGGAGACAUCUCCCAAAAUGAUCUAGUCCAUGACAGACCACCAGAGAACAAAACAAUGAGUCAGCUCCCAUUGGGAAAUGAAGCUUCUCUUUCUGGUGGAGUGGAAAUGGGGGCUGUCCUUCCAGCUCAGGAUUCCAUAGCCUUCAAGGAGGUGGUCAUCUAUUUCACCAAGGAGGAGUGGGCUCUGCUAGACUCUGAUCAGAAAGCUCUCCACGAAGAAAUCAUGUUGGAGACUUGUAGGAAUGUGGCUUUUCUGAGUAACGAGCGGAAGAAUAAACAGGAAACAGGGAUAGAGCCAUUGCAAGUCAUCAAGGUUGAAGUGGGAGAAGAGACAUUUCAAAAUCAGUGCCCAUCAAAAAACCAAGAGAAAAUUCAACUAAACAUCCAGAGGCAUAAAAAUGCUAAAAUCUAUGACUUCCUAACCUCAAAAAAUAUUAAAACAGAGAGAAGGCGACAAAGUUUAGAUUUUCAGAAAAUAUUUGAAGAUCCAUUAGAUUUAAAUAAACAAUGCGAAUGGAAAGACGAUGGGAAAAAGUACAGGAGGUUUUGCUCUUUUACUCUGCAUCAACAAGAUUACACGGGAAAGAAACCGUUUAAAUGCAAGGUAUGUAGGAAAAGCUUCAGCAAGUACAGUAAAAUUAUUGCACACGAAAGAAUCCACACAGGGGAGAAGCCAUUUAAAUGCAUGGAAUGCGGUAAGAGUUUUACUCAGAGUAGUCACCUUACGUCCCAUAAAAGGAUCCACACAGGGGAGAAACCUUAUAAGUGCUUGCAAUGUGGAAAGAGCUUUACUCAAAAUAGUCACCUUACUUACCACAAAAGGCUUCACUCGGGGGAGAAACCGUAUAAAUGCACCGAGUGUGGAAAGAGCUUUGCUGAUUCCAGUUCCCUUCUUGUGCAUAAAAGGAUCCACACCGGGGAGAAACCUUACAAAUGCACGGAUUGUGGCAAGAACUUCACCUUGAGUAGUCACCUUACUUCCCAUAAAAGGAUCCACACAGGAGAGAAACCAUUUCAGUGUAUGGAAUGUGGAAAGAGCUUUAGUACAAAGAGUUCUCUUAAAUUUCAUAAAAAGAUCCACACAGGGGAAAGACCGUAUAUAUGCAUAGAAUGUGGAAAGAGCUUCAAGCGGAUUGCUGAUCUAACUCGACAUGACAGAACGCACAGAAAAGAAGUUCCAUACAAAUCUACCAGGCGUGGUAAAAGCUUCCAUAACAACAGACACCUUACUUCGCGUCAAAGAGUAGAAAAGCCACUUGAAUGCAGACAGUGUGGGGAUGAGCUUCCCAUUAAUUAUACUGAGGCACAAGAAAGGAACCUGGAAAAUCAAAGCGAAACAAACAAAAUUCUACCUCUGUUGGAAAACGCAAUCAAAAUGGAUUUGUGGUACCAACCAGAGGACAGAAGAGUUGCUCAUGCUUCACAGCCCGAAUGGAAAGAAGAGAGGAUUGGGCAGAAGAACCAAGAUGAAGAAAAUACCAGUUUGGCUGGCCAGUGGCAACGGUUGAAAAAUCUCUGUGGUAAGGAGGCCAACGGGCCACGAGAGGUUUGCAGCCAACUACACGACCUUUGUCGUCGGUGGCUAAAGCCUGGAAGAAACACAAAAGCUCAGAUGUUAGAUCUCUUGGUUCUGGAGCAGUUCUUGGCUAUCCUGCCCCCGGAGAUGAAGAGCUGGAUCCAGGAAUGUAGAGCCGAGACCAGUUCCCAAGCGGUAGCCCUCGCAGAAGGUUUCCUCCUGAGCGAAGCAGAGCAGAAGGAGCAGGGGCAACUGCAGCUUCAGGAGCCCCUUGUUGAGGUGGCUGUUGAAUGCUCUAAAGCAUGGAGAGAUGUGCUGCAUCCCUCUCAGGAGCUGGACUUCGGGGAGAGCUCCCAGGAAGAGCCAUCUAAGAACAUCCCAUCAGAGAAUGGAAAGUUACAGAUGGCACCUGUGGAAAUAUCCCCUCUUUAUAAUGAAACGGAAACAGUAGUUAUUCUUCCAGCUCAGGUCCCGCUGAUUUUUGAUGAUGUAGCAGUAUUUUUCACUGGGGAAGAAUGGGCUCUGUUGGAUUUCAACCAAAAAAAUCUCUACAGGGAGGUCAUGCUGGAAAAUGCGAGGAACCUGGCCACCUUGGCAGGUGGCGGAUGGGAGAAUUGUGAAGAGACAGCUUCCCAAACAGUCAGAACUGAAAUUGGAGAAGAGACGUUUCAAACUCAGCAAGGGCCACAACGGCCAGAGGCAAAAUGGUUAAAUGGUGACCUGCAAAACGCUUCUACUUCUCAAAACUCGGAUGCCCAUCUUUUCCUGAUCCAGGAAGAUAACAGAGAAACGAGGAUGGGCUUCCCAUUUGGAGAAAUAAUUAGUGAGGAAUCCGAUGUAUGCGGAAACCCCAGCGUUUAUAUGAAAGAGACGCAAGACGAAGGCGUGGAAGACGGGAAAAGUUUCAUCCCUCUUGCUUUCCAUCGAAGCAUCCCUGUAGAAGGGAAACUGUAUCGAUGCACAGAAUGCGGCAACAGCUUCAACAAUAGCAGCCAUUUUAUUUCCCACCAGAGGACCCACUCGGGGGAGAAACCCUACAAAUGCCUGGACUGUGGGAAGAGCUUCAGUGAAAAUAGCUCCCUGACUUCCCAUAAAAGGAUCCAUUCGGGCGAGAAACCGUAUCGAUGUGUCGACUGCGGAAAGGGCUUCAGUCAGAGCGGGCAGCUGACUUCCCAUAAAAGGAUCCACACGGGAGAAAAGCUGUACACGUGCGCGGAAUGCGGCAAGAACUUCAGUCAGAAUGGCCAGCUGACGUCGCAUAAAAGGAUUCAUUCCGGAGAGAAACCAUAUAAAUGCCCCGUAUGCGGGAAAAGCUUCAGCCAGAGUGGCCACCUCACUUUUCAUAAAAGGAUUCACACAGGAGAGAAACCCUAUAAAUGCCUAGAAUGUGGAAAGAGCUUCGCCAUAAGCAGUCACCUUACUUCCCAUAAAAGGAUCCACACGGGGGAGAAACCCUAUAAGUGCGCCGAGUGUGGAAAAACCUGCAGUACCAACAGUGACCUGACUUUGCAUAAAAGGAUCCAUUCAGGGGAGAAACCCUAUAAGUGCACGGAAUGUGGGAAAGACUUCAGUCAGCGAAGUAAUCUUAUCUCCCACAAAAGUAUACACUCGGGAGAGAAACCCUAUAAAUGUAUGGAGUGUGGGAAGAGCUUUAAUCAGCGCAGUAACCUUAUUUCUCAUAAAAGGAUCCACUCCGGAGAGAAACCCUACAAAUGCAUGGAAUGUGGCAAGAGCUUCACUUGGAACUGUCAGCUGACGUCACAUAAAAAGAUUCACCCCGGGGACCCCCAAAUAAACGUUUUGACUGUCGAGAGAGCUUCAUGGACCCCGGCGGUGGAUGGGGGGAGGCCGCCGCGUCUGCGCUGCUCUCCAGCUGCGAGAGAUCGGAGCGCGGCAUCCUUCCUGCUGGCGCGCCUGGCUUUGGAGAUCGGGGUGCCGGAUGGGAUUGAGAAAAGGUUUUCCAGGAAGAAAAAUUCCUUGUCUCCCAAGAUGGCGCAGGGCAGUUCUUCCUGCCAUCCUGCUCCAAUCAAUGAAAAAUACUUUGCAGAUGGGGAAAGUCCUUUGAAUUUGACCAGAACAGCAUUUAAGCACAGAAGGAAAAUAGACACACAACACACAGCAAGGGAAGGAGAAAGAAAAGGCCCCAGUGUUGUACUGAAGGAGACUGCUGGGAAAUUCACGGAAAAAAACAAUCAAUACAUCCUGGAAGGAGAACCUACCAAUGGGGUUCUAGAAAUGUACUUUUCCAAGGAAUUCUGCUGCCAAGAGUCUGAUGGGCCCCGAGAACUUUGUAGCCGACUCCACCAUAUUUAUCGUCAACAGCUAAAGUUAGAAACGCACACAAAGGCUCAGAUACUGGACCUUCUGGUCCUGGAGCAGUUCCUGGCUGUCCUUCCUCCAGAGAUGACAAGUUGGGUCCGGGAGUGCGGAGCCGAGACCUGUUCCCAGGCUGUGGCCCUGGCCGAAGGCUUUAUCCUGAGCCAAGCGGAGGAGAAGAAGCUGAAGACUCAGGAGCCCUUCGUUGAGAUGGCCGUUGAACACGGCGAUAAAUAUCCUCUUCAGGAGCUGGUCUUUGGUGGGAUCUUCAAGGAGAAGCCAUUUCUGAACCCAUGUGCAGCAAAUGGUACAACAGCGAUGCUACCUGUAGAAACAUCUCUCCGUUAUUGUGGAACAGAAACAGUGGUUGUACUUCCAACUCAGGAACCAGUAACCUUUGAGGAUGUAGCUGUGUUUUUCUCCAAUGUUGAGUGGGCCAUGUUGAAUUUUGACCAAAAAUCUCUCUACAAGGAGGUGAUGCUGGAAAAUGCAAGCAAUGUGAUCUCCUUAGCAGGUGAUGGACAACAGAUUGAGAGUUAUACGAAACAAGCCGUAGAGCCUUCAAAAUCAGUGGAAACCAAAAUCAGAGGAGAGAUAUUUGAAAAUCUGUGGGGGCCACAAAGUCCCAAGGGAACCCAGUUGAACAGAGACAUGGAAGGAUCUCUCCUCUCUCCACAUGCCUGCAGGGACAAGGAUAAAAAGUGCCGUUUGGACGUUUCUCUUGCUUUACCCCAAGAUUUUGAGCUUAGAGAGAAAAGAUACAAAUGCACGGAGUGUGGGAAAAGCUUCAGCAAGAACAGCAACCUGAGUGCCCAUAAAAGGAUCCACACAGUAGAAAAACCGUAUGAAUGCACGGAAUGUGGGAAAAGCUUCCGCAGGAAUAAUAAUCUUACCUCCCAUAAAAGGAUCCAUUCCGGAGAGAAACCAUAUCAAUGCGCGGAGUGCGGGAAGAGCUUCCGCAAGAAGAGUCACCUUACGUCUCAUAAAACAAUCCACACUGGGCUGAAGCCGUAUAAGUGCGCGGAGUGUGGGAAGAGCUUCAGCAUGAACAGUUACCUUACCUCCCAUAAAAGGAUCCACACUGGGGAAAAACCGUACCAGUGCACGGAGUGCGGGAAGAGCUUCAAUGGCUUGACUUCCUUUACCACUCAUAAAAGGCUCCACUCGGGCGAAAAACCGUACAAAUGCACGGAAUGCGGAAAGAGUUGCAACACCAGCAGCGAUCUCACUUACCACAGAAGGAUCCAUUCAGGGGAGAAGCCGUAUAAAUGCCUGGAGUGCGGAAAAACCUUCCGUAUUAGCUCUUCCCUUACUUGCCACAGAAGGAUCCAUACAGGGGAGAAACCCUAUCAGUGCCCGGACUGUGGAAAGCGCUUCAUCAUGAGUUCUUCCCUUACAUGCCACCGAAGGACCCACACUGGAGAGAAACCGUAUAAAUGUUUAGAGUGUGGGAAAAGUUUCAGUCAGAAUGGCCACCUCACUUCUCAUAAGAGGGUUCACGCCGGGGAAAAAAUUCAGUAGUGAAAGGUCUUCUCUUACUCCUAUUCCCUUAACUCAGUGGUAGUCAACCUGGUCCCUACCGCCCACUAGUGGGCGUUCCAGCUUUCAUGGUGGGCGGUAGGGGUUUUGUCCGAUACUGAAGCACUUUCCUUUUUUUUUUUAAUUUAAUUGACUUUUUAAAAAAAUUUCAUAGCAUUAUUUAAAAACAUUUUCAUUAGGUUUUCAUAAAAUUCCCCGUGACAAUUUAAAUUUCUGAAAAUAUACUGUUUGUAUCGCCUGCGCAUAAGUUUAGUUCACGUUACCCAAGUGAAACUAAAUGGCGCUAGAGUGCGACCGCAAACAAAAGAGCCUCGUCCCAGAAUAGCUCGUGCAACUCGCCCCACACCACCCAGCUGUAACAGACAAGCAAAGCUGGUAGCCGGCGCCCCUCCCCCAAACCCAAUCCACGACGCGCGAGAGGCAUGCGCAGAUGACGAUACACGGCGCAUUACUGUGGAACCGGUGGGUAGUUAGAAAAUUUUACUACUAACAGAGAAACAAAAGUGGGCGGUAGGUAUAAAAAGGUUGACUACCCCUGCCUUAACUUAACAAAUGUUUAUUAUUCAGCAUGUAUCAGCAGUCAUAUUUCGUGAUCCUUCAUGGCCUUUUUGGAAGCCAAGUUGGACAUAUGGCAUUUCUUUUUCCAUUUCCUUUAGAAUAUAGGACGAUUCUAAGCAUCAUUUUGCUACCAUUUGAAAUUCAGGAUAUUGUAUGAUAGUUUGUUCACUCCCUUAAGCCAGGGGUUUCCAAGUUUGGUCCCUUUAAGACUUGUGGACUUCAACUCCCAGAGUCCCUCAGCCAGCAAAGUAAAAAGCAGCAACUGUAAACAGUAAAAUGCAGCAACUGGCAAGAUCAAUUUUUCUCUAUGAGUGUCGUGUCCCACUCCUCCUCUGACGGCCGGGUCGGGGAAGUCCGUAUCAAGCGUGCCUCUGCAGCUCUGCCAAAGUCCUAUCAGAGUCCUCAGGGCAGGCAGGAAUCCAAGAUGUGACUUCAGCAAUCCAGAUUAGACUUUGCCUGACUCAGAGAAUGCCAGAAAGCAGAUCCUUUAUAUAGGCCAUGGGGGUGUGGCUCCAUGACUCAGCACUUAUCCAGGCCUGCCCCUCCCUUCCUUUUGCUGACAUCGCCUCUCCAUUCUCUGGAAGCGUGGAUCUAUCCAUUGCAUCGUUUCGUCUCCAGCUGUUGGUAAUCCCAGCUCGUGGCUGGCUUCAGGCGCACAUGCUAUCGGAGGGAGGUUUGUUUGUUCGGUUUGUCCGGGCAUGGUGCCAGGGCUGGGGGCUGGAGGCAUGCCAGGACAUUCUUCAGCACUAUCAGCAUCCGGCAGAAGAUAAGAGGGGCCCGGCUGCGGCGGGGGGGGAGGGGCGAGCGAGGCACAACAAUGAGUAAGAUAGAAAAUGCUGCCCAUGACUGACGGAGUCAUCAGGGGCCCAUGAAAGCUGAAUCACAUUUAAUAAUAUCCAAUUCAUUGCUUUCGAAUGACUUACUUUGCGAGUUUGGUGGAAGGAGAUUGGUGGGACACAAAUGGGUAAAAUAUGACAGGGGUUGCCGGGAGGAUCCCACCAAUAUGGAAGUCUCUCGAUCGAUAAUAACUCUGGAACCCGUCCUGAUCUGUGAUGAAAUUCAGCGGGCAUUUCAUCUUUGGCUUCCUGCUGGCUGCAUUGGGCAGAAGCGAGAGGAGCAAGAAAAGAGAACAAUGUUCCAGCUCUACCUCUGAAAGUCUCGUCCCUUCUUGAUGAACUAAAGGUCAUAUCAGGAACUGAAUCUGGCCAGUGUUUCAACAUUAGCAAAGGGGAUUGAUUAUAUUAAUUCUUACAUUGGCGUUGUCUCUAUCCCUGCCCUUAAUCUCAGCCUAAACUCUCCAUGGUACACUAUGAUUUUAUUUUGGCAUUAGCCUGUCCAGGCAUGACAGGGCCUCUGGUGGCUCAACAGACUAAUGCAGUCUGUUAUUAACAGCAGCUGCUUGCAAUUACUGCAAGUUCAAGUCCCACCAGGCCCAAGGUUGAGUCAGCCUUCCAUCCUUUAUAAGGUAGGUAAUAUGAGGACCCAGAUUGUUGGGGGCAAUAAAAGUUGACUUUGUAUAUAAUAUACAAAUGGAUGAGACUAUUGCUUGACAUAGUGUAAACCGCCCGAGUCUUCAGAGAAGGGUGGGAUAUAAAUGCAAAUUAAAAAAAAAACGGUGAGCACAGUGCUGAUGGAAGAUUACCUUUGGGUUUUGGGCUGUGUCUUGAUAAUUAUAAGGUUUUAUAAUUAUCAGGACAUUUCCUGUCUCUAUAUUUCUGGAAGCAGGUGCAGGAAGGAUGAGAAAGUCUCUAACAAGUUCCCUAUGGUGAAUAUAAACUUGAGCUAUCUUUAGCGGUGUGAAGGACUAGGAAAAACUCUUAAAGAUGAGUACGUAAUAUACCAUUAUCAUACAACAGGGACUCUAUGGAUUCAUACUUCUAAACAUGGAUUAAAUAAUGUCUUCUGCCAAUUCGUACUUUUUCUCCCUUUGGACUGUCUGAACUGGAAGAACCAAUGGAUACCUUGAGGUGGUUGUUCAGAUCCAAGUGUUACCAGAUGUUCACAUUAAAACACUCCUAAUUUUCAUCUGGUGGUUCAUUGUUUCAUGAGUUUCAUCAAGGAUGUUUUGGGAAAGCCUUUUAACUUCUUAAUAUCAUGCCCAACUCUUUGUCAUCCAUGAUUUACUGCAU